AAUAAGAGUUCAUUUUCUUCAGGCUAAAGUCUCUUGCCGUCCGAACAGAAUGCUGUAACCGACGGCGUUAUAUAGGUCGUCGGAAUAUACCGCUGGAAUCAUCUUCCUGAAACUUCGAAUUAAUCCGGCGAAUCGAUUAGGACUUUGGACGACAGUAAUUAUUGUUUUUGCUUUCCUACAGUUAUGGGGGCAAGGAAUACUUUGAUCGUUGGGAUUGUAUUAUUAUGUUCUCUUGCUCUUGCAUCUGGUAGAGAAUUAGAGCAGAACUUGAGUUACAAGAGUCAACAGCCGGAGGCCGGAUAUAAUCCCAAGCUCGCAAGAAUUUUGGUGCAAUAUGCAUCAGCUGUAUAUAUGUCAGAUUUGUCAGAGCUAUUCACCUGGACCUGCUCGAGAUGUGAUGGUUUAACUGAGGGUUUUGAAGUAGUUGAGCUGAUUGUUGACGUAAAACGCUGCCUACAGGCAUUUGUUGGUAUUGCAGCCGACCUUAAUGCCACUGUGAUUGCCUUUCGGGGAACUCAAGAAAAAAGUAUACAAAAUUGGGUGGAAGACUUGUACUGGAAGCAGCUUGAUAUUGAUUACCCUGAAGUUGAUGGCGCAAUGGUGCAUCAUGGCUUCUAUUCAGCUUACCAUAACACGUCAUUACGACCUGUAAUUGUCAGUGCUGUUCAGAAAAUAAAGAAGUUGUAUGGGAAUGGUAAAAUUAUGGUAACUGGGCACUCAAUGGGCGGAGCAAUGGCAGCUUUUUGUGGCCUUGAUCUUCGGAUCAACCUCAAGGAGCAGGACGUUCAGGUUAUGACAUUUGGGCAACCGAGAAUCGGCAAUGCUGCUUUCGCUACUUACUACAGCCAGAUGGUCCCAAAUACCAUUCGUGUCACAAAUGGACAUGAUAUUGUGCCUCAUUUGCCGCCUUAUUACCACUAUUUUCCCCAAAAGACAUACCGCCAUUUCCCAAGGGAGGUCUGGCUUUACAAUGUUGGAUUUGGUAGUUUGAUAUACACAGUUGAGAAGGUUUGUGAUGGUUCGGGCGAAGACCCGACUUGUAGCAGAUCAGUGAGAGGGAACAGCAUCGUCGAUCACUUGAAAUACUACGAUGUUAAAAUGGGAUGCGAUGCGUCGAGCGAAUGCAAGAUCAUCAUGGAUGAACAUCUGGUUGGUUACAGCCGAAUAGAUUCCAACGGCAAUCUUGUCUUGUCCCGCGAUCCGUUGUCGUCGACGACUAACUAUUUGAAACUGAAUUCGGAUCAGAACCAUGCCGAUCUUCACCAAAAUUGAGCAGAAGACUGAGCAAGUAAGGUUUCCUGUUCCAUUGUUCAUUCAAAUAUUUUCUUGAUUUAUUUAUGUAUAUAUGUGUGCUGUGGAUAUUAAUCAUCUUAUUCAUAUUCAUCUAAUUUGAUAUUACAAUGUUAUGAAUGA